AAAUAAUACUACUACAACAUACUCUUUGAUCUGCCUAUGUUUCUUUUAUGUUCUGUUCUGAUAAAUUGGACAUGAUCCUAGAAUUGUUCUUCCAUCCCUGCAACAGAACCAUUCUAUUUUUGUAACUACCUAUUGCGUUGUUUGUUUGAAUCUUCUCAAUCCCUUCCCCGAAGAAUGAGUCAGAGUCAGAAACAAAAACAAAGACAGAAACAAAGACAAAGUCAAGUGUUUUAGGUGGGAAUAUGGAACACAAUAUUGUAGACUCAAAAACCGCAAAUACCACCUUCUUACCCUUUUACUAUUACCACAUCUUUGAACAACCCCAAUUCAUUACCUACUCAAUAUUCAACACUAUAGCAAAAAUGCUUCAAUGGGUGUGAAUCAAUUUUCAAUCUUUUUCAUCACCCUUUUAGCAACAUCAACAUGUUAGGAGAAGAAGGUAAAGAGAUGAAACCACCCUCCAUUAGGAGAACCUAUUCACGUUCAGCUUCAUGGACAGAUCGUUCUCCAAACAGCCGUAAACCACCGCGACCGAGCUUGCCACCUCUUCAACCUCUUUCGAUCAAUAAACGUAGCGUUGAGGAAUGGCCAAGUGCUGGAUCUGAUGAUCUUGGUGUUUGGCCACUUCCACAGACUCCGAGAGGUUCCAUCGCAACGAAUGAACCUGUGCAGGAUUUUCAGUUUAAAAGAGAUAAAUUGGCUUUUUUUGACAAAGAGUGUUCCAGAAUUGCUGAACAUAUUUACUUAGGAAGUGACACGGUGGCGAAAAACCAUGAACUUCUUAGACAGAAAGGAAUAACACAUGUGCUUAACUGUGUUGGAUUUGUUUGUCCUGAGUAUUUCAAAAGUGAUUUUGUUUAUAAAACUCUUUGGUUGCAGGAUAGUCCUACGGAGGAUAUAACAUGUGUUCUCUAUGAUGUGUUUGAUUACUUUGAGGAUGUUAGAGAACAAGGUGGUCGUGUUCUUGUUCAUUGUUGUCAGGGGGUUUCUCGAUCGACGGCUUUGGUGAUUGCUUAUCUCAUGUGGAGGAAAGGGCAGAGCUUUGAAGAUGCUUUUCAGUUUGUGAAGACUGCAAGGGGAGUCACAAAUCCUAACAUGGGUUUUGCUUGUCAACUCUUGCAGUGUCAGAAACGUGUACAUGCUAUGCCUGCAAGUCCUAAUUCUAUUUUAAGGAUGUAUCGAAUGGCUCCUCACUCUCCGUAUGAUCCUCUUCAUCUUGUUCCGAAGAUGGUUAACCAACCAGGUUCACUAGCACUUGAUUCUCGCGGCGCUUUCAUUGUUCAUGUUCCUUCUGCUAUUUAUGUUUGGAUUGGAAAAAAUUGUAACUUGUUUAUGUCAUGCAAUGCAAAGAGUGCGGCUUUUCAGGUCGUGCGCUAUGAAAGAGCAAAUGGUCCGAUUCUGAGUAUCCGUGAAGAUCAAGAAUCAACUGAGUUUUGGGCUGCUCUUUCUGAUGAUCAUCGAUUAUCAGGUGAUUCUGAUAAACAACUGGUUUUGCCUAAUGAAAAGAUGGAGAUUGGUCUAAGAAAAGUCGAUGCUUAUGAUUUGGAUUAUGAGAUUUUUGAUAAGGCAAUUUCUGGUGGGGUUGUUCCUCUUUUUUCUGAAACUGGUGCUGGAUCGGAAACUUGCCUUCCUGCUAGAGAACAUGGCUGGGCAAGAUUGAGGCGGAAGUUUGCUAGUGGCGUCAUGAAAGAAAUCUUAACAUCUCCUAAAUGGAAGUGUGAUGUGAUUAUGGAGGAAGAAAAACAAGAUUUUGUAGCUGAUGAUGAUCCCUUGUCUGCGUCACCGUCAUCAAAUCAUCCCAGUGACUGUGGCUCCCCAGAUUCCUUUGAAUGCUAUCUAACCAGCUUGGACAGAGGAAAAGAUACUGUUGAAGCCAUGGACUUGUCUGAAUCUGAUCCUGGUGUUUCUUCUUUGCUGCCACUAUCUCCUUGUGGCGGUUAUUUUCCUUGUGGUUUUCUAUGCAGCAGCCCAAAAUUCAAUUCCAAAUCACCAACACUUUCACCUUCAAGUUCUGAUUAUGCAAGCUCGUUUACAUUUUCACCUUCCUCUACUAAUUGGUCAGACUUGUCGUUCGUGUCUUCUCAGCAGCCAUCACCAUCUGGCCAGGAAUCAAUUGAACCUUUGUAUGUUAAAGAUCUGUCUUUCUCAACGAGUUCCUCUUUACUUAACAAAGAAGUUCUUCUAUCUUCACCUUCAGAGUCAUUUUCAACUGAUCACACCUUGGGAGGGGAAAACUCGUAUUUACCAUCAAAAGGAUCUUUUCUCUCUAUUGCACAGCGUAGAGGGAGUAAUAUACCGCCUCGGAUGUUGCUACCCUCUGUCAAUGAAUCCUCUAAAGUCCAUAAGAACCUGGAGGAAUACACCUACUAACACCAAAAGCUGGACUAGAAAUAAGCACCCCAAAACAUUUUUCCCACUAGCAUACUGAAAUCAGGACGUGUAGCAUUCAUUACAGAUGGCAGUAUGGGUAAUUUGUUCAUAUACAUACCCACAAAAAAAACAUGUAAUACUAAUCUGCGGAAAAGAGACACGCAGUAAACAAGGCUUAAGUGUAGGACUAUUUCUUAAAGCCAUUCUGUGAUCUUAAAAGUGCCAUUGUAGGACCCAGUGCACUGCAUUUGGCUCUCUGAGACCAUGGCCUAUUGCUUGAACUAUCAUCUUUCUUCCAACCAUCCCCCUGCGACAGCCGGGCCUUCUUUGCUUUUAAUGCUUCGUUGAUUUCAUCCCAAACGUUAACUUCCCCGUUUUCUGUAAAAAGAGAAUCCCCAUACGUAAGUAUGGUGCAGGUGUAUUAAGAUGUUUUCAUGUUUAUAUACAAUAAACCGUAUACUUUAAGAAUUGUAAGAUGUACAUUACCUUUAGCAGGGGUAUGGCCCUCCUUUUGUGGCUUCGAGCUUCCAACAGGAGUUUGAUUACCAACA